GGGUGAUGAGGGUCGGAUGGGAGGGCUCUCACGGUGGCUCUGAAAAACUCAAGUCACUCCAGCAUCUGAGUUGAGUUGAGCGUAAGUGAUCACACAGAUCAGACUGCAAGACCUUUCCUCUCGGACAGCUGCAGUGAGAUCGGUUUUCGGAGGAACGCAAUAAUUCUGUCACUGAAGAUGGAGGGUGAGAAGGGAACAUUAGAGGCAGGUACCAAAGAGCAGCCUGAUACGACGGGUCCCCUGACAGUCGAACAGCUGGCAGCUAUAGAGGAUGAAGAGAUCCUCAAUAAUAUGCUAGAUAAGGCAGUGGAUUUCGAGGAGAGGAAAAUGAUCCGCGCUGCCAUGAGAGAACUGCUGAAGAGAAAGAGGGAGCGGCGUGAUAGGGAGCGGGUGGCCCGGAUGGAGACCCUGCGUCAGCAGGGUGGUGGAGGAAAGACAGCUGCUGGACUGAAUAAGGACCAGAAACCCGCUAAUGGUCCGAGCGGCGCUCAGUACAAAGCACACAGGAUGGCUCAGGCAAAAACAUUUUCUCCACCAACCUCUACUUCCUCUCCAAAAGCUGUUGGCAGCCCGGCUCAGUCCCAUGUAGCCAGGGUUAAAGUGCCAGGCAGCUCGGCGCUCGGGGGCCCAAAUACCAAAGAUGUCAAACAGAUGCUGCUGGACUGGUGCAGAGUCAAGACUGAACCAUAUGAGGGUGUGAACAUCCAAAAUUUCUCGUCUAGCUGGGCAGACGGUCUGGCGUUUUGUGCCCUGGUACACAGGUUCUUCCCAGAGAGCUUUGAAUAUUGCACUCUUGACCCCUAUGAUCGCAGGGCCAACUUUGAGAAGGCAUUCAAGACUGCAGAGAGGCUAGCUGACUGUCCUCCCCUGCUGGACGUUGAUGACUUGAUGCGGAUGCGAGAGCCAGACUGGAAGUGUGUGUACACGUAUAUCCAGGAGUUUUACCGCUGCCUAGUAGAGAAAGGCCUUGUCAAGACUAAAAAGAAGAUGCCAUAGAAACCUUCGCAUUUUGAGUGUUUUCACUCUAAAUAACCAAAAGACUAUAACAUGCACACAACAUCGCGCACACACAUGACCUGACCUGAAGCUUCUACCAAAGAUCAGUCUAUUAUGUACUUAUGCUCUUCUCUGUUUCAUAUGUACACGCAUGCAGUGGAUGAGGAUUAUAACCUGCGUGUUUUGCGCUCGGGUACAGCUAGGGCUCUGAAACAGUGCAUUCCACUGAGAUUACACAUGCACUAAUCUCAGUCUAUGCUCAGAGAUUGUGUGAAUGUGUGUG